AUGGGCCGCGUUAUCCUUCUGGCCUAUCGUGAACCUGCCGGUGUUUGGGGAUCUGGUGGAAUAAGUAGUUGGGUUUGCUGUCGAUUGUGUGGUGGAAUCCGAGGUAACUUGGUAGAUGUUGUAAGACUCGUGGGAAGGAAAAUUUUCGGGGAGAAAUUUGAACAUGCUAUAAUUCAAUUUCUUCUUCACGGUACCUCUUCUGUCGAGGAAGAAUAUCUUGCAUGUCCGAAUGAAAUAGCGAGUUGUGCUAGCGAAUAG